UCGAUUUGAUUAUUCGCGCAUCGAAUUACGAAAUUUCCACGGAGGUGGCUGAGUCAAAAUCGGAACUUGUGGCAGUUUGAUAACUUACUGUUCAACAGCUGUCUGUCACACCAGACCCUGCAAGUCGACACCAUUAGUUUUCACACUACAGAUAUACAGUGUUUGUAAGCCACCUUUGCUUGUCAAACGUCACUCGGUACGAGUGGGAAAGCUUUAAGUUACUGUAUACCCGUAUGCCUCUUCUUCCCUCUGUGGAAGGUAACUCAGGAGUCUUAUCAAGUAUGUUCCGUUUCAACAGAACUCUUGCAAGGGCUGUUGUGGAGUUGCACGAGAUUGUAUUACGUGGUGAAUCUCCAUUAUCACCGUUGGAAAGAGAAAUAUUGGGAACCUUUGUCUCUGCUGUCAAUAGAUGUGAUUAUUCCACAAAGGUUCACUGCUCCAUUAUAAAGGAAAUGGGAGCCUCCGAUGAGCUCUGUACUGCGAUAGGUUCCUAUCUUGCUGACAACGUCGAUGAAUUGCCGGUCGACCCCAAGUUGAAACCUUUGCUGCAUUAUAUAAGGAAACUUACAUUGAGACCCGAGUCUCUUAGUAUAGCGGAUGCAAAUGCAGUAUAUGCUGCAGGAUGGGAAGAACGUGCAUUGUAUGAUGCUAUAGUAGUUUGUUCAUUGUAUAACUUGAUGAAUCGACUAGUGUUGGGACUUGGACUGGAUCCUCCUACCUCGUUAGACCCGGAGAACAUUCGGACUAUUUGUUAUUUAGGUUAUCGAAUCAUCUUGGAGAAUUUAUAAUAACUUCAAAAGAGUUGAAAGUACUAGAAUUACACAGAAAUAUUGAUAGUUUUGCACUUUGUUUUGUAUUAUAGGAUUUGUUUCUUGAUAAACGUGAGGGUAGGAUAGAAUAGCCAUUAUUUCGAAUUGUAAA